AUGUCUGAAAAGACCAAAUCCGCGUUCUUCGAGUACAGCGAACCAUCAUCCGCUGCACCGCCACCAUUUAGCCAGGCCGUGCCAAAUGGUGGACCGUCAACUUUCCAGAGUCGUUUUGCAUCUAUUACACGACAUGCGCUUGAUCGCAUCAGACUUGUCAACUUCUCAGAGGCCGAAAUGGCGGCUAUUCACGAAAUUGUGAGGACAAAUUGGGAUCGCGGCAUUGACAAGGUCUAUCCUCAAGAAGCGUCCCGUGAGUUCAAGUUGGGAGGCUAUGCAUGGGGAUAUGAUCCGAAUGGUAAUGAGCAGGCGAUGUUAUUGACGCUUCGGAUUCUGGAGGGUAUGCAUAGUUUGGGUUGGGUGAUUUAUUCUCCUAUUGAAGUUACCAAGAGGGUCUCGACGAAAGAUGCACUUAUCUUCCGAAAAGUGAAUCACAUCCCUCCUCCAUGCGAAUGGCUAAACGUGUCAUUCCACGGCGGAGACAAACUAAAAAUUCUCAACUUCCCUCCUGCAGAUCUUGUCAACGAAAUCGUGGCGACUUUCAUCACUGACAUCCAACGACACGAGGUCACGCCAGACCGUGCAAAGAUCAAGUUCAAAGGAUACCCGUGGAGACCACUGGACUCGGAUGGAGCUGAGACACAACUGAAGCUGCUGGCGUUGCUUGAGGCUUUUGAGCGAAAUGGUUUUACAUUGUAUGCGAGGACUAGCGCAAGAUUCAGCGAUGAGACAAGUGAGUCGAACGUCUUGGUAUUUCAGAGGCGACGGGAUUGGGUGCCGGGGACGCCUCUGUACCAUCAGCUAUGA